AUGGAUGCCGUAAAUGACCCUGGCAAGUACCUUGGUUUGCCUUCUAUAUGGGGUAGAGCUACGAUGCAUGCCCUCUCUUACAUCAAAGACAAAAUCAUCAAAGAAGUUUUGAUUAAGGCGGUAGCCCAAGCAAUCCUAAUGCACCCGAUGAAUCCCGAUUCUGGUGGGGGUCAGAAGGAGGAUAAAGCUAAGAUACAUUGGGUCAAUUGGAAAUCUCUUGGUAUGCCAAAAAUAGAGGGAGGGAUGGGAUUCAGAAAUCUGCAUGACUUUAACAUCGCUCUCCUAGUGAAGCAGAGUUGGAGAAUCCUCCAUGAGCCUUAUGCUCUAUGGGUUAGAGUGCUUAAAGGGAGAUACUUCCUAGAUGGCAAGUAA